GUUGCAGGCGAACCGAAGUACCUGUGCUUGACACUAUACGCCCGUCCCGGAUGUACUAUGCGCGCUCUUCAGCCUCAGUAACAUGGAGAUUUACGCUGCUACGCCGUCGCCCAUGGCGUAGAUUUGUCGCUACAACCCAGGCCAGCAGCGAUUCUGACUCCAGUAUUUCAAGGACGCUUUCGGCUACGGAACCUCCCUCGCCUUCUUCCAUCCUCGGAAAACUACCCUCUCUGGAUACCUUGCGCUAUCCGACACCAUUUAUAAACGAUGAGCAAUUCACGUCGUUCUUGGAACCGCUUUGGUCGCAUUGGUGGCGGAUAACCGUAGACAAGUCGUUCCCUGGGCGGGAGGCCAUCUUCCUUCACAGGCAGUACAAGUUCUUUGGAUGGAAAGGUGCCAUGGCAUUCGUAAAUGAGGUCGACAUGCUGGCACGCCAGGAGAAAGUGCGUGAUUCAUACCCUCUUAACUGACUCUGGAUCGAUGCUAGUUCGCAGCACCACCCUAUUAUCUCCAUCAGACCGGGCAUCCCAACUUUAGUGACCUUACUGUUGAACACUCACUCCUGCCUGCGACAUCCAACAGGAUGGGCGCCCCUCCAUUUCCCCCAGCUCGGUGUGGUUCAAACCGCGAGCGUUGCGACCAUUCAGGACGGAACAGAUCAACGGCCCGAUCCUCUCCAAGAAACUUCACAAAUAGGUGACACUACCGAAGAAUCUUCUGUUGCAAUUUCAGAAUUGGCUACUGGACCAGACCUGGAUAAGCCACCCCUCAUUACAUUUCCUGGACUAACCAUUCGGGACAUCCGGUUCGCCUGGUUGGUGGAAGAUAUCUUCGCGUCCAAGUUUCUCGUCCCGAUUUCGCGGUCUUCAACGUCCCGCGGAAUAGAGGCAGAGGCGGCAGAUUAUGAAGACAAGGAACACCUGCAUGCCCCGGUGUCGGUGGAGGCAAUUAUCGUCCACGAACGCCACCUAUUGUCCGGGCGUAUUUGCAGUUCUUGUGGUGGAUUACACCGGGUCGAGAGCUGCACAGCAUCCGAAGAACAACGCGAAUGGUGGCAGGCGUACAAGGGUCGGCGACGGCAACUCGUCGCUCGAUUGAGGUACCUCACUCACGAAGACGAGCGACGAGCAAGUAAACCGUGGCUGCCUUGCGUCUACUGUGGCGGGGACCACUGGCGUAACCUCUGUCCUUUCGCGCCUCCAGGGAAGAGACUAGAGGAUCACGAACUAGGAGGCGAACGUCAGACGUUUAAUCGUCCAUGCGUUAUCUGCCACGGCAAUAAUCACCAUGCUCGUGACUGUCACCAACGGUUCACGAAGUCGCCUCCGACUCCAUGUCAAAUCUGCGGCGGCGACCACUGGAAGGUUGUCUGUCCCAAAGUCGCUGAAAGAGGAGCACAACGACAGCACAAAAGAGAGCGGCAAGCAGCGAAGCGUUCUCCCACCCCUAUCGCUCGCUCGCUACCUAUUCCAGACAUCAACUCCGAUUUAUCCCUUGCGGAUAUGACAGAUAAGAAGUCGCCUUAUCACAAACGGAGGGCAAGCUAUCUCGGGGUGCUGAGAAAUAGCGAC